UCACUCAAAUCCCAUCGUUAAAACUUAUCUUGGAAUUAAACAAAAAUGGAUUUUUAAUCGUAGAGCUCAUCAGCCUCAUAGCCUCCACCUCAUUUUUGAAUGGCCUUGUUCGGCUUGCACCUUCUGUGCUUGCCAAACCAAAGCGCCCUGGUCCGCGGUGGCAUCUCUGGAAGGGAUGAAGAGCCUCCGCGCACACGCCCCUUACGUCUCUGUCCCGCACGCGCCACGAGCACGCUUGCAAAAGACGCGGAGGUGGUGGAGACAAAGACAGAGGAAAAGAGAGAGAGAGAGAAGAGGGAAAGGAGAAGAGAGAAAAAAGAAAAAGAAAAAAAGGUCUGCUCUGGGAUUAUUAUUUGGGUUAAUACCCUUAUCUUUGCAUUCCAGCCGGAAGGUCGGCUGCAAGCCUUAUUUCCUGCCCGCCUCCUUCUUGAAUUGGACACCAUCCCUGUUGCUGCCUCCUGAGUUAGGAAAGGGAUAGAACUUUCCCAGGGAGGUGAGGGGUGUCCCCGUGGCGAUUUCUCCGGUUACUUCCUCCCAGCAGAGAUCCCUGUGGAGAGGAAACGUUCCCGACUUCCCUUCCCGGGACCUCCUCCCGAUAUGCGAGCGGAGACGUCAGGCUGCUUCUGGGUUUAUUUUGUAAACCCAGACAGUCAACUGCACCGGGCGCCGGGAAAGCCUCCUUGGCCCUCGCCCCAAAGCAAAGCUCUAAGAGGUCCGGGGACUCUGGCCUGGGUGGGUAGAGAGACGUGACCUGUGCAGCCGCCGCGAAAUGGGUCUCCAAAGGUGAGACCCCUCCCUCGGUGGUUGGGCGUGUCCCCUUUAGCCUUCCUGGACCCAGUUACUGCCCGGCUUGGAGCUGGACGAAGGGACGUAAUUGGUAGGCGAGUGGGUUGGGGCGUCUUGACCCUAGGACGAGAGUCUGGGCCUCUGGUGUAGACCCCUGCCUCCUCCCCGCUCUGCGCGGCCGUUCAAGAGGUCCGGGUGGGCGCUAGAGGAGGAAGGCGGGUGCAGGCUGCGGGGCUGCGGGGCGGUAUGAGGGGGCGCCGGCCGCCUCUCGGAUUGGCUGCGCCGCCGCCCCCUCAGCACCGCGCGCCCCCCACCACGCGCCCAGCCGGGUGCCUCCCGCAGGCUCCGAGCUGCUGCCCGCAGGAGGCAGGACGCGCAGGGGUGGGACCGGCCCCCCAGCCCCUCUCCUGGCCCCGGGCGCACAGGAACCCCGGGUCCUUCAGCCUCCCGAGUGCGGAGAGGCGGGGCCGCCCGCUGCCGCCCAGCUGCCUGCGCCCCCUCCCGCGGCCCCGGCUCCGGGAGCGGGGCGCCCAGCGCACGGGCACACGGCGGCCAGAGCGCCGAGGCGGUACCUUCAGCCUGCAAUGAGAGGAGCCCGGGAGAGCCCCCGGGAGCCAGCGAAGAGCUUGGCUGCUGCGUCCAGGGCUGCUGCUGCCGCUGCGGCUGCUUGAAACUCCUCAAAGUUGAGAGCCGGCGAGAGGCUGCCGCCCGCCGGGAGCCGGAGGGAAAGGAAGUCGGAAGGUGCAAGAGUGACGGACACGGACAGACGGACGCGCAGACCUUCGGAAGGCACCGCUUAGGCAGCCUCCCCGGAGCCCGCGAGGCUCCCCAGCUCUGUUCACUGGUGGGAGUCUGAGCCGGUGAAAAAGACACCGGGAAGAGACUCAGAGGCGACCAUAAUGUCGUUACGUGUACACACUCUGCCCACCCUGCUUGGAGCGGUCAGACCGGGCUGCAGGGAGCUGCUGUGUUUGCUGAUGAUCACAAUGACUGUGGGCCCUGGCGCCUCUGGAGUGUGCCCCACCGCUUGCAUCUGUGCCACUGACAUCGUCAGCUGCACCAACAAAAACCUGUCCAAGGUGCCUGGGAACCUUUUCAGACUGAUUAAGAGACUGGACCUGAGUUAUAACAGAAUUGGGCUUCUGGAUUCUGAGUGGAUUCCAGUAUCAUUUGCAAAGCUGAACACCCUAAUUCUUCGUCAUAACAACAUCACCAGCAUUUCCACGGGCAGUUUUUCCACAACUCCAAAUUUGAAGUGUCUUGACUUAUCGUCCAAUAAGCUGAAGACAGUGAAAAAUGCUGUAUUCCAAGAGUUGAAGGUUCUGGAAGUGCUUCUGCUUUACAACAAUCACAUAUCCUAUCUCGAUCCUUCAGCAUUUGGAGGGCUCUCCCAGUUGCAGAAACUCUACUUAAGUGGAAAUUUUCUCACACAGUUUCCAAUGGAUUUGUAUGUUGGAAGGUUCAAGCUGGCAGAACUGAUGUUUUUAGAUGUUUCUUAUAACCGAAUUCCUUCCAUGCCAAUGCACCAUAUAAAUUUAGUGCCAGGAAAACAACUGAGAGGUAUCUACCUUCAUGGAAACCCAUUUGUCUGUGACUGUUCCCUGUACUCCUUGCUGGUCUUUUGGUAUCGUCGGCACUUUAGCUCAGUGAUGGAUUUUAAGAACGAUUACACCUGUCGCCUGUGGUCUGACUCCAGACACUCGCGUCAGGUACUUCUGCUCCAGGAUAGCUUUAUGAAUUGCUCUGACAGCAUCAUAAAUGGUUCCUUUCGUGCGCUUGGCUUUAUUCAUGAGGCUCAGGUCGGGGAAAGACUGAUUGUCCACUGUGACAGCAAGACAGGUAAUGCAAAUACCGAUUUCAUCUGGGUGGGUCCAGAUAACAGACUGCUAGAGCCAGAUAAAGAGAUGGAAAACUUUCACGUGUUUCACAAUGGAAGUCUAGUUAUAGAAAGCCCUCGUUUUGAGGAUGCUGGAGUGUAUUCUUGUAUCGCAAUGAAUAAGCAACGCUUGUUAAAUGAAACUGUGGACGUCACAAUAAAUGUAAGCAAUUUCACUGUAAGCAGAUCCCAUGCUCAUGAAGCAUUUAACACAGCUUUUACCACUCUUGCUGCUUGCGUGGCCAGUAUCGUUUUGGUACUUUUGUACCUCUAUCUGACUCCAUGUCCCUGCAAGUGUAAAACCAAGAGACAGAAAAAUAUGCUACACCAAAGCAAUGCCCAUUCAUCGAUUCUCAGUCCUGGCCCUGCUAGUGAUGCCUCCGCUGAUGAACGGAAGGCAGGUGCAGGUAAAAGAGUGGUGUUUUUGGAACCCCUGAAGGAUACUGCAGCAGGUCAGAACGGGAAAGUCAGGCUCUUUCCCAGCGAGGCAGUGAUAGCUGAGGGCAUCCUAAAGUCCACGAGGGGGAAAUCUGACUCAGAUUCAGUCAAUUCAGUGUUUUCUGACACACCUUUUGUGGCAUCCACUUAAUUUGUGCCUAUAUUUGUAUGAUGUCAUAAUUUAAUCUCUUCAUAUUUAACUUUGUAUGUGGUCUGCAAAAUAAACAACAGGACAGAAAUUGUGUUGUUUUGUUCUUUGAAAUACAACCAAAUGGUCUCUUAAAAUGAUUGGUAGGAAAUGAGGUAAAGCACUUUAGUUCCUCAGUGUGCCAGAGAAAGAUGGGGUUGUUUUCCAAAGUUUAAGUUCUAGAUAACAAUAUCUUAGUCUUUAGCACUAUUGAUAAUUUCAGAGCAGGCCCAGAUGUGAUGUGACUCCCGUUGUCCCUUUAUUUAGGAUAUUGAAAGAAAAAAUAAACUUUAUGUAUUAGUGUCCUUUAAAAAUAGACUUUGCUAAUUUACUAGUACCAAAGUUGGGUUAUUUUAAGGAAAAACACUAGUGUUCAAUUUCAUUUUUAAAAGAUGUAGAAAGAAGCAUCAAGCAUCAAUUAUAAAGCUUAAAGCAAAGUUAGAUUUGGGGAUUAUUCAGCCAAAAUUACCAUUUCAGACCACAAUGAAUAGGCUACACUGAUAAAAUGUACUGGAUAAUGCCAUAUCCUAUAUGGUGUUAUAGAAAUAGUGCAAGGAAAGUACAUUUGUUCGCCUGUCUUUUCAUUUUGUACAUUCUUUCCAUUCUGUAUCCUUGUACAAAAGAUCUCAUUGAAAAUUUAAAGUCAUCAUAAUUUGUUGCCAUAAAUAUGUAAGUGUCAAUACCAAAAUGUCUGAGUGACUUCUUAAAUCCCUGUUCUAGCAAACUAAUAUUGGUUCAUGUGGCUUGUGUAUAUGUAAAUCUUAAAUUAUGUGAACUAUUAAACAGACCCUACUGUACUGUGCUUUGGACAUUUGAAUUAAUGUAAAUAUAUGUAAUCUGUGACUUGAUGUUUUGUUUUAUUUGGCUAUUUAAAAACUAAUCUAAAAUGUUUUAUGUUAUCAGAUUAUGCUAUUUUGUAUAAAGCACCACCGAUAGCAAA